GAUGCGCUCUGGUUUUAGAGAGCUUGGCUCUCUUUCAUUCUCGAAAGCAGGUGUCCUCUGCUUUGCCUUGUGCAACAGCCUCUGGUGCCGGUUGCAAGCAGCGACUUCUCGUGCUUUGCUGGUGUGCCUAUUUCCUCUGCUCUCAUUCGUUGGUGUCCAUUCGCCACGGCGCCGAAUUACCACACUCUUCCCCUCCUGGCUGCAGGCCACCGCCAUAUGAUGCCUUGCGCUCUCUGCAUCUGCUUCCACGCGCCGGUGUCACGGCCGCCAACCGUUGAAGAGAUGACUCCCUUCCAGCUGGCGCAGCGUGGCAUCCUGCCGCGUCUUCGCUUCCACAUUGAAGACCAAGGCUUUGACGUCAACGCCGUGGACAGCGAGGGCAUCACCUGCCUGCACUGGGCUGCCAUCAACGAUCGUCUUCCCUGCGUCAACUCCUUUCCCUCUUGCCCUGUCCUUCUCGGCCCCACACCUCACAAGAUCACGCUUCGAUGUGACAGACAGGGCCACCUGCAGACCGUGACCGUCCUCUUGAAACAUGGUGCCGAUCCCACCUUUCGUGAUGUUCAAGGGUUCAAUGCGCUGCACAUUGCAGCACAAUUUGGGUUUGCCAACCUCUGCGCCUACUUUGUUGCCCAGGGCACGGAUGUGGACAGCCGCGAUACCGAGGGGCGAACUGCUCUGAUGUGGGCCGCGGCCAAAUGUUUUGCCCCCGACCUCUUUCGCUUGCUCAUCGGCCUCGGCGCCCACGUGAACCUCCAAGACAACACAUCUCAAAGCACCGCGCUACAUUAUGCCAUGGCUACCAGCAACACGGUGGCCGUUCGCAUCCUGAUCGAGUCUGGCGCCGACCCCGACAUUCCCAAUGUUACGAAAAUGUCCUGCCGAUCCAUGCUUUGGGAUCGCCAGGGUCCACGCGGCAAAUUGACGCAGAACCAGAACACGCUGCGUCAUCAUUUGCCGCCCGUGGCCAACCCUCGCUUUGGCUGGCUCCGUCGCGAUCCUGUGCGCCGCUACUGUCUGCUGUGGACCCCGUUCUUUGGUAUCUUGAUGGUCGGCUACGCCUUUGAGCUGCUCAAGACCAACGUGUGGCUCGGUCUGCUGAUGCUCGCCUUUUCCGUUUUCGCCUGGUGCACGAGUCUCCAGACGUUUACACUCACCUACCUCAAGCCCGGGGAAGCCCCCAACUCGCUGGCCAUGUGGUACUCGACCCUGUCCGUGUUCUAUGGCACCUACUUUUAUCUCUUCUGGGACAUGAUGACCAACAUGGAGAACCUCUGCGUGGUGAUUCUGAUUCCGUUUUUGUUUUGGUCCUUCCACAAAACCAACACGACUGAUCCUGGCAAAAUUGUCGUUCCGGCUUCGGAGCGCAACCGCAACAUCAUCGCUCUCGCCGAGAACAACAUGCUGACGGCCGAUCACUUCUGCAUGUCCUGCGUUGCCCGCCGUCCGCUACGCUCGAAGCACUGUGGAAUUUGCAAUCAUUGUGUCGCUCGUUUUGAUCACCAUUGCCCUUUUGUGGACAACGAUGUUGGUGCUGGAAACCAUCGAUAUUUUAUGCAUUAUCUCAUGUGCUUUGUGGCCUCCAAUAUCAUGUUCCUCGUUGGCUGCAUGCGCUACUUCUCGCUGGAAUGCCCAAGUCAUGAGUCAUUUUUCUAUAACCUAUGGAUCAAGGCGUCUUGCUCGCCGUUUAUUGCUUGGCUCUUUGCUCAGGGCUGCCUCCAUACGACGUGGGUCUCGUUGCUGCUGGUCAUGCACCUGAAGCAAAUCAUGUUUGACGACUUUACCACCAACGAGGGCGUCAAUAAGUUCCGCUACGACUAUAUCAGAGCCGCCAAGGGUCGUUCGCCGUUUCAUCGCGGCUUGUUUGGCAACUUGGCCGAAUUCUAUUUCCCCACUGUUGACUGGACCAAGGUCUUUGAGGUCGACGACGCUAAUCGUCACAAGAUCCGCGAGCUCCGAGUAUAAAGACUCGGGGAGUUUUUUUUUUUUUUCUUUCGCCGGUCGCUUGGUUUAGCUUGGGCGCUUUGCUCCCGUUGUCCGGCCUGUGUCACCGUGUCUGUCUUACCCAAGACUGUCUGAUGGGACGGCGCUGUUGAAUAUUUUCAUUUGCUUUGUUUCUGCUUCUCGACGUAUUUUUGUUAUGUAAUCUCUUGAAUUGACACGUGUACGCUG